CUCUCAAAUCUUCAACAGGAAGAAGUGAACGGGAAAAAUCAUCAUCCCUAAUGUAUUACUUUGGACUCAAUCGAUUGGUCUUAGGGCUACGUUUCCGUUCGGCAGUGCUGCGAUGCGGAUGGAAUUGCUACUGCCAGACAAACAUCUACAGUCCAAUAAGAUUAAUGGGUAUGCACACUAUAAGCCCAGUUAAUCCUGAGAUCGUGAUAACCUCCAAGCCAGACGAUUGGGUUACACGGGAUGCUUCGGGGUUCGACCUCAACAACAAGAUCAUAGACGAACAUCAUGAGGCCAUCAAUGAAAUGGAUGGAGAGCUUGUGGGCACAAAUUGGCUUGAUAAGGAAAUUGAUGUCAAGUCUAUGCUAGAUGAUUGGGUUGAUUUUAAGGAGGAGGCUUCGGCGGGGUACCUCAAGAGGAUCAUAAGGAGACUUCGCAAGGAUGGGCGGUUCUCUCUAGCUCUAAAGGUGAUUGUGGCUAGCUCUCCUGUAGCUAUUCCGUACAAGGCAAGGGCCAUGAAAAAGGCAAAUUUGAAUGAUGAGAUGGUCGCCAACGUGGCCAAUCUUGAGGUGAGCCUGGCCUCUGCUGUGGAGGAAACCGACUGCAAGGGAGAGGAAGGUGCCAUGGAGAGGGAGGACACAACUUCCACCUUUAAGGCAUCUCUAGCCUUCGAGGAGGCUGCAAUGGAGAAGAUGGCAGAGCUCGUUCCACUCUGGGCCGAGACAGAGGAAGUGUCGCUGUGUCAGUUAAGUGAUGGUCUAUCUGAAUUACUGGUUUAUGAAUGGAUGAGAAAUAAAGGUAUUUAUAAAUUCUCGUGUACUGACCAUGCUGUCCUGAUAAAUUUGAUUUGGAGGGUUCGAGGAUUUUCUGCCGCGGAGCGCCAUGUGAGGCACUUGCCAAAACAAGCUAGAAAUGACAAGACAUAUGGAGAACUCCUUCAUUGUUAUGUGCAUGAAAACAGAACAGGAGAGGCUUUAUUGCAUUUUCAGAAGAUGAAAGAGUUGGGUUUUGCGUUGUCACUUCGCCCUUUCAAUGAAAUCAUGCGCCUUUACGCCAAUAGUCUCCAAAUUGAGAAGGUCCUUGGGGUGUUAGCCGAGAUGAAGAAGAGCAAGGUUUCACCUGAUAAUGAUAGUUACAGAAUCUGCAUUAGCUCAUUUGGGAUGAAUCACGAUGUAGAUGGGAUGGAGAGAAUGCUGAGAGAAAUGGAGAGUCAACCCCACAUAUCCAUGGACUGGUGUACUUACGCCGUGGUAGCCCAGUUCUAUGAUAGAGAAUUCCUUGUAGAUAAGGCCAGUGAUGCUCUUGAAAAGGCAAGGGUAAUAUUACAAAAGAAGGAUAAUAGAAGGAAAAGCCCCAAUUAUCUGCUAGAAAGUGAUUAUGAGAAUGUGAUAAAGUCACUGGUGAAGCUUGGUGAGUUUGAUGAGGCUAUGAAGUUAGUCAAGGAGUGGGAAGUACUCGGUAAUUGGUGCAGCGUGAUUGAUAUUCGCAUUCCUUACCCAAUUAUUGAGGAGUACAUAAAAAAUGGUGCAUUAGGGAAGGCAUCUAGUAUAUUCUUUGAGUGGGCUGACAAGGGGAAGAAGGGCGUCGACAAGCUUUCACGUUUACUUUGCAGAGAAUACCUUAAAGCGGAUGAACUAUUUCAAGCAUAUAACUGCUUUCUGGGAUGUGAUCAUAAUUGUGGGCCUCAAUUGAUUCAGAUGAUGUUUCUCCAAUACCUGGAAGAAGCAUGUGGGUCAUUUUUCCCCUUAUACUGCGGUGCAUCAUUGUGCUCUAGAUCAUUUAGAACUGAUGAUGGCAAAACAAUCUUAGAACUCAUUCCAGUCGAUGCAAGAUACAAACUCAAAGUCGCUUUGUUGGUACAUCCAGAGGACUCAGCGGCCCAAGCAGUUAAUAUGGAUUAUGAGAACAUUAUAAGGUCACUUGUGGAGUGGGGCGAGUUGAACGAGGCCAGGAAGAUGGCAAGAGAGUGGGAAUCAUUUGGCAACUUGUCUAGUCUUGACGAUUUAAACAUUUCCAAGCUGAUCAUCGAGGGAUAUUGUAGGCAGGGUAUGUUUAUUGAAGCAGAGGGGUUGGCAGAAGCUUGGACAAGAGAGAAGAAGUGUUGGGCUGGAGGGAUUUGGUUCGUACUUGCUGAUCAUUACCAGGAACAGGGUAAACUGGUCAGAGGAUUUGAGUGCAUGAGGAGAUUUUGGGACUUCACCCCGUGGCUCGAAGGCUCUUUCGAGUUUGAAAUGUUUUUGUUUAUGAUUGACUAUUCAAGAGGCAUGGGUGCCUCACUAGGGCACUUGGGGCGGGAUGAAAUGGAUACUUUCUUUUACUUAUCUAAACAGAUCUGUAAUCUCACCGAGAUGGGGGAUGGCGGCGAAAGUGCUAGCAGUGAUGGAGAGCCGGCGGUGACAGAGUUCUGGCGGAGAUGGUGGAAUUAGCAGCGGUGAGGCAAAUGUCUGAUCAAUUCAGAUAACAGCUCUUAACCAUUCAGACUCUGUAUAAUACUUAACCAUUCAGAGGCAAAUCUCUUAACCAUUCAGACAUCUGAACCAUUAAGAGGCUGAAACAAACAGUCUGAACCAUU